AUGGAAAGUAGACCUCCAAAGCACAUCGAAAGUAAAUUCUUCAAACACUUGACCACCUACAAGCUCGGAAAUAAAGUCGUUAAGGUAUUUGUGAAAACCGCUGGCCCCUGUGCCCACGUCACCCUUGAUUUAAGCGGCAAGUCUUUCAAGAAGUUUGUCAUUACGAGUGAUCACGUCCUCGAUAAAACCUUGGUUGCCCUUGACGAAUACGUUCCAGAAUUCAUGAGAGUCGCAGAGCCUAUUGGUAAAAAUAAGAAGAAAAGAGGAGACCCAGUUUUUGGUGGUUUCGAUAUCGAGCCAGCCGAGAGAGAUGAGAUUGAAGGAGAUGAAGUGGAAGAAGUGGAGAUGGUAGAUGAAGAUCCCGAGGAAGAAGUGGAAGAAGUGGAUGCAAUGGAUGACUUUUCAACUACUCCAUAUGAAGUUUUCGUUCAUAAGCCGGUCCACAAAGCUGCCCUUGAUUUUAGAAAGUCUUACUCUGUAAUUUUUGACACGAAGGGGAAACCUAUUGUUAGAGGGUGUUUUGAUGGAUUAUUUGCCCCAUUCAAUAUUAAGCUUGAAAAGUUUGUCAAAAUCAAUUUCCCAACCGCAAAAAAGGUGCCAGUUUGGUGUUGCUCCAAUGAAAUGUCAAGAUCUGGGAAAUUAUUCAUCAGCGUCUUUGCCAGUUUAGUUUUCAAAAAAGACAUUAAGAUUCACAAGAAGCAUAACAAGAAAAUGGGCCACGGCCAAGGCAAGAAAACUGCUGUUGUGAAGAUCCAUGCUAAAAAAGAGAUCAAAAAAGUGAUUCAUAAAGGUUCUAAGCAUCACCACCAUCAUCAUCCUCCUUAUACUCCAGGAGGUCCAAGUAUGCCAGGAGGUCCAGCAGGCCCAGGAGGUCCAGGAGGUCCAGCAGGCCCAGGAGGUCCAGCAGGCCCAGGAGGUCCAGCAGGCCCAGGAGGUCCAGGAGGCCCAGGAGGUCCAGCAGGCCCAGGAGGUCCAGCAGGCCCAGGAGGCCCUAAUUGA